AUGGUAGACAGGAAUCAUCCGCGUCGGCGGGUCUUAACUCCAGGGGAGAAUUGGGCAUAUAAUUUCCAAGUGGCCGCUAUUGAUUUCGCCGGCCACGUCACGGUAGCACCGGUGACUGUUUAUCUGAUAGAUGAGAAUAAUCACAAGCCCAUCUUCCUGGAAUGCGCCGCUUACGAUGGGAUUCAAGUCAAGGAGAACAUGACUGAAGGAACUCCUGUGCUUAUGGUGUUGGCGACAGACGAAGACCGAGGGAACAACGGGAUCGUAUCCUACGUCCUCUUGAAUGAUUUCGGAAGGUUCACUAUCCAGUCCUCUAAUCAACAUGGACAGAUUUCUACAACGAAACGCCUUGACCGGGAUGAGAAGGACAAAGAGUUCUACCUGACGGUGGUGGCUCGUGAUGGGGCUGCUGAGUCCCUGCAGGACUCUUGUUCCUUCAAAGUCGUUGUCGAGGACAUUAACGAUAAUCCUCCCAUCUUCGAUCAACAGAUAUACGAGGAGACGAUAAGCACGGACCACAUCGCCGGCACUCCUGUGCUGAGAGUGACAGCCACCGACAUGGACUCCGGCACCAAUGCGCAGAUUGCCUUCUCCUUGCAAGGCAACCCAGAUGAUAUGAAAUACUUUGCCAUUGACAGCGACACUGGAAUCAUCACUCUUACCAAACCUCUGCACAACACUAUGGCAAAUAAACGAAUGUUUGAAAUGCGAGCUCGUGUUGCGGACAAAGGAAGUCCAGUUUUGUGGUCGACGGCUGACAUCCGCAUCCAGGUGGUCUCUUCGGAUGAGCUACCGCCUACCAUUAUCAGUCAACAGCCGCUCUUCCCGGCCAUCUUGGAAAACACCACCGAAAACACUGAUGUCUUGACCCUGUGCGCAAGGUCCAACCUCGCAGACAGCUCACUUGUUUACUUCACCCUCCUGAACGGCAACACGCCAGAAACCAAUUCAGACGGUACUUUUGCUAUCAGACGACAAGACGACUCAGGGAAGUGCCACGAUAGCACAGGUGCGACAGUUUUUGUCGCUACGAAAAAUCUGGAUUUUGAAACUGUCCAAGAAUACACAUUGAUGCUCCAAGUAGUUAAUGACCACAACGCUCGUGUGGAGAAAAAGAUCCAGGUGAGCAUUUUGGAUGUCAACGACAACGCUCCUUUGCUUCAGCAGUUCGACGGAGCUGUCUUGGAAAACAUCGAUAGUAUGCUCAUAACGACUAUCCAGGCCCAUGAUAAAGAUGUCUCCCCUCAAUUCAGGCAGCUUCGAUACUCGUUUGACCCGAUGGCUUCAGGGGAUGUGAGACAAAAAUUCGCGCUCAAGACCAACGGAGAAUUGUGGACGACUCAGCCUCUUGACAGAGAGCAGUUUAAACAAUACAAAAUCCCCAUAAAAGUGACAGAUGGUGUCCCAGCUCACGAGCGAAUGACGAUUUACUGGAUCACGGUGCAAGACUUAAACGACGUGCCUCCCGUCUUCGAUUACUUGAACGGCAUCUAUGAAGUGGAAUUGCCCGAGAACCGAGAAGUUGGAAAGUCUACCGGAAUCAAGUUAGUCGUCAACGAUUCGGACGUUGUGAACCUUUUCGAAUACCAGAUCGUCGAUGGCAACGGCGAGCAGAAGUUCCGAAUCGAUGACGCUACGGGCGAUAUUCUGGUCAACAAGGUUCUGGAUUACGACCAUCCUGUCUACGAUCGAAACUUCACUCUGCGAGUACGGGUCUACGACGGAGCCAACCCUCCGGCUGAAACGAACGUGGUUAUCGCCGUUACGAACGUGAACGACCUCCAGCCCGUGUUUGAGCAGAGUAACUACACCUUCACCGUCACCGAAAACACGGACUGCAAUGUCACCUUUGGAACGGUGUCAGCCUUAGACCCAGACCUGCCACACACAGUCGACCAAAAUAUUCUAUAUUAUCUGUCUACUGUCGAGUUACGCAACUUCACCAUAGACAGCAAGACCGGGGCCCUGUCAUCAAAAGGGUGCCUGGAUCGCGAGUCUGCUAAGAAGGGCAUAAUGACCUUGUACCCGAGGGCAAACGACGAAGGGGGCAGAGGUCAUGACGCAGACCCCGCCACCGUCCACGUAAUGAUCCGAGACCUUAAUGACAAUCACCCCCAUAUUCACCGACCGGAAAACAGUUACGCCAAAAUCAUGGAGAACAUGAACCCAGAAGAUGUGAAACCUAUCAUAAUAAAACUAGACGAUCUGGAUGGUGGUGAAAAUGGGUGUCCUUGCAACAUGGAGUUUGACCCAGGGACUCCCGAUGCUUGGCUGAAGAAGUUCAAUCUCCACCCGAUCAAUGGAUUAAGGUCUACCUACCGCCUGAGUCCCAUAGUGUCGCUGGACCGAGAGGAGCAGAAGGUGUAUCCCUUGCCCUUCGUGACCCAAGAUCAGACUGGACGAAGGGGCAUCCGCCUCUUCACGCUAGAGGUCGGGGACGAGAACGACUCCCCGAUGUCCAACGGGAUGAGCAAGAUUAAGGUCUACAAUUACCAGGGGCAGUUUCCAUCAAUGGUUAUCGGAUCUGUUUACGUGACCGACUUGGAUGAUUACGACCUGGAUGACAAAAUAUUCGAGGUGGAUGCGACAACCUCUUCAGACGUUGCCAGCCACUUCCAGGUAGACCUGAAAAGUGGCAAUAUCAUGAUGCUUAAGGGAACACCUGCUGGGUUACACUUACUUAGAGUGAAGGUUUACGACACAUCCCGCGAAGAGUCGGCUGUGGGUGAGGUCAGCAUUACUGUCGUUGACCUCGAUCUUAAUGCUGUCAUGAACUCAGGGUCGCUCAUGCUCGCCGAUGUUAGGUCUCAGCAGAUGCUCAGGAAAAGCAAGGUAGCAAAUACCGAGACGAUUUACGAUCGCCUGAAAGAACAAAUAGCCAGGAUCCACAAAAUUCCACGGGAUAACGUCGACAUCUUCAGCAUGCGUGAUGUUGAGGGAGGUGUGCAGAUCCGCUACAACUGCCAUAGUUCGCCUUACUACACUGCUGCAAAGCUGAAUGGACUUCUGAUGCAAAAUCGAUUGAGGGUUUCGAAAGCCUUGGGUCUUGAUGUCAUCAUGGUGGACACGAACGCUUGUUUGUAUGAAUCGAAGUCUCCGUGCGGAGGGCAAAGCUGUCAACACACGAUGCGACCCAACGUCACCUCCCCUUUGGUGGUUUCCAGCAGCACAGCCACCAUGGUGGGUGUCGACAUUGCCGACGAAUACACUUGCGAUUGCAAGCAGCUCGAGCCUCGCCCCUCAGUUUGUUCCAGCGGUUAUUGCUACAACGGGGGAACUUGCAUUAUCAUCAACAACAGCCCCAGGUGUGAGUGUUUAGACGGCCAUAAUUACGGGCCUCGUUGUGAACUCAGGAAUGCUAGAUUCGAGAAGAGCUUCGCCUGGUACGAGCCUUUGAAAGUGUGUGACAGUUCGACGUUUUCUGUGUCUUUUAAAUCCAACAUUCCCAACGGCAUUCUCCUGUACAUGGGACCAAUCGUAGAGUCUCCCUGGGACGACUAUCCGAAGGACUUCGUCUAUGUCUUUCUUAGGAACUGGGUCCUUGUGACCUAUAUCGACCUUGGAUCUGGAACCGAAAAGGUCGCCAUCCCUAUCGAAAGUAACAGCAAUCGCAUAUUUGAAUUUGUCAUUGUUUGGAACGAGAGGAAAAUCAGCUUUGAAGUGAUCGACUGUGGAUUCAACGCAACCUUGGGCUCUGCUGACCCAUGCAAGAUAUCCAUCCCAUAUCCGCGUACGUCCAGGUAUCCCAACGUCCUCCUGAAUGUUCAAGGCCCUCUGCAGGUUGGGGGCUUGGCUGCCAUGCCCAGCUUCGCUUCUUUGUCGGCUUCCUAUCACUGGAACUUUAUACCUCCCAGAAUUAGUUCCUUCUCGGGAUGUAUCUUCGAGAUGCGUCACAACAAUUUCCUUUAUGACCUCAAUGCCACAGACUAUAGUUCCAUGCCAAUUCAGCCCUGCGAUGCCCCACGGACGUCAAGGGUCGUGUUAGGCCAGCAGUCCAUCCUCAUAAUACUUGCCAGCCUUCUCUGCCUCUUAAUUUUGGUGUUACUGAUCUUAUGCCUGGCCCGACGAGGGAAGAAAACCAUCUCCUACCCGGACCUGGAUCGGGAGCUGGUGAAGGAGACGAUGGGAGGCACGGACCUGGAGGCCUUCGGGGAGAAGGACGUCACCCAUUUCGACCUCAAAUUUCUCCAGGUCACUCGGAACGGACAUGUCGUCAAAGGUAAAGAAUCCAAUCUUCCUGAUGUGACCCAGGACGCUCAUCAAGGUCGCAUGGCACCUCUAGCCAAAAUGCCGGAGGGUCUCAGCAUUGGCGAUUUUAUCAAUAGCAAUAUUAAGAAGGUAGAUCAGGACCAUCAUGAUAAUGUUGAUGAUGUUCGUCACUAUAAUAUCUCAGGAGAUGAAAUAUCAGUGGCUGCGUCCCUCUCAUCUCUUGCCUCAGAAUCCUCCAAGAGCGACGUCCCCUUCGAUUACAAGAACGACUGGGGUCAGCGCUUCGAGAAGAUCGCUCAGAUUUAUGGGAGAGAGUCUGAUCAAGAAGAAGACAGCGAGUACGAAUUCCCAGAUCUCCCAAAGGAGAAGAAGAAGAUGGCUCCCACACCCGUAACGCCCAGUAUCAGCGCUAAGGCCAAGAAGCGUUCCGUUAGUUUCGCGCCGAGUGAAACUACGAACUGCUACACUCUAUCACCUCCUCUGAAGAAGAAGAGUGUAACUAGUUCUCCUUCUUCGACUCCCUCAUCCCCUCGACUUGCGAGAAACAUUGGGAUUCCGUUGACCCAAAGGGACUGUCGGGAGCCAAUAUCAUCUGUCUUGAAAGGUCCUUCUAAAAGUACUGUCAAGCUGGGCACUACUGAAGAUGAUGGUCAAAAACCGAUGCUAUCGAAUGAGUGUCGUGGAAGUAUCAGCAGGUCAACUAUCACCAGACCGAAAUGCAGGGAGACGCGGUGCUGAUUUAGUAUCUAUAGUAUAGAUCAUUUCUCCAUUGUAAUCUAUUCUUUAAUACUCUUCUCAGCUCAACUACGCUCUUGUUAAAUGUGUUUGUAAGUUCGUUUAAGAGGUUAAUGAAUAAUUGAAUCGUAUGUAAAACGUGUCUUCUAGUCUAUUUAAAGGAUAGAUAAUGCUUUAACCAUAUGUUUUCUCUAGGUGCCAUUCAAAUCCAAAUAUUGCAGUCUGUCAUUCAGUGAAUGGCUGAUGCAGUACAUGA